UUGUCAUCCCAUUGCCAACUGGACAACUCAGUCUUUGCUUUUCCCCGUGACAUGUAUUUGAGUUGCAGCGGAAAGGAAAUGUGUCAUCUGUGGUUUGGUUUUAAAAGUGGAAAGCUAGCUGUACAUAUCCUCUUAAAAAACCCCUGCAGAUUUAAGUUUCAUAGUUUCCAAACUAUUCUACUUAAAAUAAGAAGAGAAGAACAGAAGUGGCUUAUUAAAUAAAGGUUGGGACAGAGCGGUCUGGAAGAUACCAGUGUACCUGUAGGCAUGGAGCACACAGGACAGUACCUGCAUAUUGUUUUCCUGAUGACAACAGUGUGGUCCUCGUCUCCUGGAACAAAAGCAAACUCUACACAUCUGUGGGCUAACAGUAUCACUGCCUCAGAUUCCAUUAAUCCACAUAGCUCAAGCAGACAUCCGAGUGAGAAGAACACAAACCUUGUCACUCCUGCAGUGGGUCAAAAGGUGAGUGACACAGACAAACCUGCGUCAUCUCCCACUGUGCCUUCAGCUCCUACAUCUACACCCAAGUCCUCCACGCCCCAUGCGUUCAGAAACAGUUCUCCAACAGCAGAGAUCAAAAGCCAGGGGGAAACUUUUAAAAAAGAAGUCUGUGAGGAGACCACCAGCAACACGGCCAUGCUAAUUUGCUUAAUUGUAAUUGCAGUGCUUUUCCUUAUCUGUACCUUUCUAUUUCUAUCAACUGUGGUUCUGGCCAACAAAGUCUCAUCUCUCAGAAGGUCAAAACAAGUAGGCAAGCGCCAGCCUCGAAGCAACGGUGACUUUCUGGCAAGCAGUGGGCUCUGGACUGCUGAAUCGGACACUUGGAAAAGAGCGAAGGAGCUCACAGGCCCCAACCUCCUGAUGCAAUCUACUGGUGUGCUUACAGCUGCCAGGGAAAGGAAGCAUGAAGAAGGAACUGAAAAACUCAACUAGGCCAUGGUUUGGAAAGGGAAAUGCAAAGCAGCAAUGAGGAAGGCUGAGUUAAAAAUAAAGCUGGCUGGUGGUAUUUCACAUCCGUGUUUGCUCAGAUGAUCAAAAGUCUGACAUGCUGUUUGUUUAGCAUCAAACAGACCAGAAAGGGAGAUGUAUGUCUGGUCAAGUUUUAUUUCUGUUUCAUACUUCAUAUUUUUAAGAAAGUAAAUAAAACAACAGCAGCUGAAGAAACUAAUAGAACUAACAUGAGGUAACUAAAUACUCCUGUUGAGCAGUGAUGACCUCUGUCUGAAUAUACUUGAACCUGGAAGAGUUCUAUUAAGCUCUUAGAGCCAAGCAGAUGCUACAAUGCCCAGCAGAACUCAAAUUUCUAACGUGUAGAAUUCAACUGUGUAAUGCAAUGGUACAUUCUCACCGGAUAAGACAGAGCCCGUAACAGUUGGUAUCUUAGCACAGCUAAUGUUAGGCUACAUCUCUUUACCUUUACAUACAGCACAAGACAAAAGUGCUUUUCUACUACACAUAACACAUUAAAACUUAAUUUUAUACAAUAAACAAAAACAGACUUUAGAACAAA